AUGGCACACUGGAAACAAGAAGACGCAAGACCACUCAAUAAGACCGAUUCCUGGCUCACACCGGGCCAUGUCUAUGGUCACUGCCAUAUCUUGAGUUCAGCAUCGGGCCGCGUCUAUUCGCACCAAGAUCGCAGAAGACCAACAAAACUGGCAAGAAAAGACAUUGCUAUGAACGCCAGCUCGGUUCGUCUCUGUGGCAAGAUCAAAAACCACCGCAAAAAGCCACAGUCAUUUCUUCGAUUCAGCCUAUGUCCUAACAGAUCACAACCCCGGACUUGCAACUAUGGUUACUGCCCUGGCGGGUUCAACGAGUUGUUUGACAACAUCAAAGAUGGAGGAUAUCUGGCACCUGCCUAA